CGGAAGUGCAGUGCCAUGAUCUGUAGGCGUGCCGUGAGCAUGGCGAAGCUGGUGGGGAGAGGUGGCGGCUGGUUGGCCUUGACUGCCGCAGCUAAAGUGCUUGGAGGAAACCGAGGGUAUUAUACCACUCAGGGCGUGCCAUUGCUGCAGCAGCAGCUGAGGGACUUGUCGCUGCACGAAUACCUGUGCAUGAAACUAUUGAAAGAAGCUGGCAUUCCUGUUCCCUACGGGCUGGUCGCAAGGACGCCCGAGGAGGCUUACAAAGUGGCAAGAGCAAUCGGCACGAACGACCUUGUCGUGAAGGCCCAGGUCUUGACCGGUGGCCGGGAAAAAGGCACCUUUGAAGGCGGCCUUAAAGGGGGAGUGCAAAUCGUCUAUUCUCCGGAGGAAGCCAGGGAGAUCGCUUCCAAAAUGAUUGGCAAACGGCUGUUCACCAAGCAGACGGGAGAAAAGGGCCGGAUAUGCAACCAAGUGCUUAUCUGUGAGCGCCGAUAUCUUAGGAGAGAGUACUAUUUUGCUAUCACCAUGGAAAGGUCAUUUCAGGGCCCGGUGCUCAUCGGCAGCUCUCAGGGUGGGGUCCGUAUUGAAGAUGUGGCGGCGGAGAACCCUGAGGCCAUCAUAAAGGAGCCCGUGGAUAUUGUGGAAGGCAUCAGGAUGGAGCAGGCCGUGACACUCGCCCAGGGAAUGGGCUUCCCUCCUCAGCUGGUUCACGAAGCAGCAGAUAACAUGAUUAAGAUCUACAACUUCUUUAUUAAGUAUGACGCCAUCUUGGUGGAAAUUAACCCCAUGGUUGAGGACUCAACGGGGGCUGUGAUGUGCAUGGAUGCCAAGAUCAUUUUUGACAGCAAUUCGGCUUUUCGUCAGCGGAAGAUCUUUGAACUGCAGGACUGGACGCAGCUGGACGAGAGGGACCGGGAGGCGGCCAACGCCGAGCUCAACUACAUCGCUUUGGACGGGAACAUCGGCUGCCUGGUGAAUGGCGCCGGCCUGGCCAUGGCCACCAUGGACAUCAUCAAGCUGCACGGCGGCACCCCGGCCAACUACCUCAACGUCGGGGGUGGCGCCACUGUGGAACAAGUCACGGAGGCCUUCAAGCUCAUCACUUCUAAUGAAAACGUCCAGGCGAUUCUAGUCAAUAUUUUUGGGGGCCUUAUGAGAUGUGAUGUCAUUGCACACGGCAUAAUUAUGUCAGCCAAAGAUUUGGAGCUAAAGAUACCGAUCGUUGUCCGGCUACAAGGCACCCGCGUCGAGGACGCCAAAGUGCUAAUAGCCGAGAGCGGCCUGAAAAUCCUUCCCUGUGAUGACCUGGAUAAAGCUGCCAAAAUGGCUGUGAAACUGUCCGAAAUAAUGAUCUUAGCGAAAGAAGCCCAGGUGGACGUCAAGUUUCAGUUGCCCUCCUGA